AUGUACGAAGAAGUCUGCCUCCUUUGCGGCGGGCCUCUUAGCGUCGAGGGACGAGCAUACUGCAGUGACGAAUGCGAGAGCCUUGACGCUAACUCGCCGUCUAUCUCGACCACGAGCAGUGCCUACCCGUCCCCAUACUUGCAUUCCAACAAUGGUCCAGGAAGCCUCGCAGACGUCCCCGCCUUGGUAGCAUCUACCAUGGGCCGCUCUCUGACAGCGACCAGCCCAUACAAGACUCACAAGAACCGGCACUCCAUCUCCUCGUCGUCCGCCUCCUCUGCCGUCUGUUCCGUCUUCGCAGAUGAGGACGAAGAGGACUUUGCCAAUCCCAAUCUCGCAAUCGGGUCUGAGGGGGAAUUCAGCCUCAGUCGCGAGAUGCUCAGCGUGGAUAGUAUGCCCAAGGCGAGCUCAUUCAGCCAGUACUAUCACCUCCGCGGCUCGGGCCUGUCGUAUGCUCGUCGACCGUCGGGGACAAACAACCGGUCCACGAUAACUACGCUCAAUCGUCGCGUCUCGUCCAUUAACAACUCGUCACCCGCUGAGGCCGGUUCCGUUGGGAGUGCCCCUGCUCCAUACGACACUUACUCUGACGACUACUCCGACGAUCCUUCUGUCUCCCCCUCGCCCGCGUCGUCUACGCGCCCACAGCACGGAAGGACACCGAGUGAUGCUCUGAGUCGUACGUCCAGCGAGCAGGACGCUGACCCAGAGACUGUUACGGCGAAGAGGAGACGGAACCGAGCCAGUCUCCCCGCCUACUUCUCUCUGCUAACUACGGCUACAUCGUCGCAGGCGUCCCCCCGCAGUCACCGUGUCCCAUCACAGUUACAAACGCUCACUACCUUCACGCGGUCGCUGCAGUCGUCACCUCCCACGCCCCGUGUUGCCAACCCCGUUGUUAACCCCAUCACAGCAUACUCCUAUGACCACUCGAAGGCCCAGCUUGUCGAGACAACCCCAAGGGGUCGCGGUCGGCAGCGUGACCCGGAGAUGCGCUCGACUUCAAGCCGCCGCUCUGCUGCGCGCUCUCCCCCGCGUCAAUCUGCUCGCCCUCGCGAUUCACCGCCUCCGUGCCUCCACCAUCACGCUCAUGUCGGACCGCAGUCCCGUGCCCGUCUCGACAGCAUCGAGAAAGUGUCGGGCUGGGUCGCGAGCAGCCCGGUCGUGACGCGGGGGCGCACUCUGACACGCCGGAAUAGUUCACCUCCGGCCAAGCCGCGAUUUGGCAUGAUGGUGGGCGCUGGUUCGCAGGACGAGCUUGACGCCGUCCGUGAAGUCCUGGCCCGGAGCCUCCACAUUCACCGGGAGGCGCCUGGCGAGGAUGACCACUCCCAUCUUGGUCGCCGAGAGUCUGACUUGAGUAGGGGCCGACGGCGAGUUGAUGAGCUCGACGAGCCUCCUGUGGGCGUCGACAGCCGGAUCGCUCCUGGCUUUGGCAACGGGCGCAGCGGUCUACGAGCGCGCGAGCGAGAGCGCGGUCGGCCACUUGCGCGCUAA